GGCCCGCUGUCGUACCCUCGCACGCGCACGCGCGUUUGUUCCCGGAGCCCUGAAGACCUGGCGGAGCCCGGCGCGGAUGGAGGCCUGAGGGCGGCGGGGGCGGAGCGCGCCGCGAGCUGGGGGCAUGUCCGCGUCGGGCGCCGUCUAGAGGAAGGCCAAGCAGCCGCCACCACGCUUUCACUCGCGGUGAGACGCAAGCGGGCCAGGCCGAGGGCCGCGGCGGCGAUGCAGCGACGGAGGCGCCCCCCGCCUCCCGCGUCUCAGCUGCCCGAAGGCUGCGGGGGAAGCGGCGGCGGCGGCGGCCGCGGUGGCAGCGAGGAGGUGGAAGUGCAGUUCUCCGCCGGGCGUUUGGGCUCGGCCGCGGCGGUUUCGUCGACCGCCGCGCGCAGCACGGAGGAAGAGGAGGAGAGGCUCGAGCGCGAGCACUUCUGGAAGAUCAUUAAUGCCUUCCGCUACUACGGCACCAGUAUGCAUGAGCGAGUACACCGAACAGAAAGACAGUUUCGAUCUCUUCCACCUAAUCAACAGAAACUACUUCCUCAAUUUGUUCUACAUUUGGACAAGAUCCGAAAAUGCAUUGAUCAUAAUCAAGAAAUACUACUGACCAUUGUGAAUGAUUGCAUACAUAUGUUUGAAAAUAAAGAAUAUGGAGAAGAUGGGAAUGGAAAGAUUAUGCCAGCAUCUACAUUUGACAUGGAUAAGUUAAAAUCCACAUUGAAACAGUUUGUGAGAGACUGGAGUGAAACUGGGAAAGCAGAAAGGGAUGCCUGCUACCAGCCAAUCAUUAAAGAAAUUUUAAAAAAUUUUCCCAAAGAGAGAUGGGAUCCUUCUAAAGUAACUAUUCUGGUACCUGGUGCUGGACUAGGAAGACUGGCCUGGGAAAUAGCUAUGCUAGGUUAUGCUUGUCAAGGAAAUGAAUGGAGUUUUUUUAUGCUCUUUUCUUCCAACUUUGUACUCAACAGAUGCUCUGAAAUUAAUAAAUACAAACUUUAUCCCUGGAUCCAUCAGUUUAGCAAUAACCGGAGAUCAGCUGAUCAGAUUCGACCCAUCUUUUUCCCUGAUGUUGACCCCCACAGUCUUCCUCCUGGUUCUAACUUUUCUAUGACUGCAGGAGAUUUUCAGGAGAUUUAUUCGGAAUGCAAUACCUGGGACUGUAUUGCUACCUGUUUCUUCAUAGAUACAGCUCACAAUGUAAUUGAUUAUAUUGAUACAAUAUGGAAAAUACUCAAACCAGGUGGAAUUUGGAUAAAUCUAGGGCCUCUUUUGUACCACUUUGAAAAUUUGGCAAAUGAACUUUCCAUAGAAUUGAGCUAUGAGGAUAUAAAGAACGUCGUUCUGCAAUAUGGAUUCCAAGUAGAGGUGGAAAAAGAAUCUGUCUUGUCAACGUAUACUGUGAAUGAUCUAUCUAUGAUGAAAUACUACUACGAAUGUGUCUUGUUUGUGGUCCGUAAGCCGCAAUAAUGGUCUUAAGUUACAUUACUCAGAAAAAAGUCUAAUAAGAAAAGGCUGAAAUAAACAACUCAAAAUCAACUAUCAGUGAUGACAGGACAAAACCUCAAAUCAGUGGUGCCUUCUUAUUCCUAACAAAAUUUAGAAAUAGUGUCUAUUUUCUUAAUAUGUCUAUUGCUUUUUCAGAAAUAUACUAUGCCAUGCAGAUUUGUACUACAUAAGUAAUAUGGAGGAAAUGUCUUCAAGUAUACUUUCCUUGAAGUUCAGGUCUUUGAGUGGAAAAAUUCUAAUCUCCAGUGUCUUCUUGAAGCUAUAUCCAUUGCAAGUCUGCCAUCUUAUUGACUAAUCGUAUUGAAGUCUACAUAAUAAUAUCUUUCUCUCUCUUUUGUUUUUUUUUGGUGUGUGUGUGUGUUUGUCUUUUUGCAUUGGAGUUAUUUUGGCAGAGUCAAGAUAUUUCUGUCACAUUCAGCAUCUGUUAUUGGGACUUCUGUUCAUUUGGACCUAAGCAAUCUAUACAUAAAAGAUGUGAUUCUUUUAUCAUUCAAAUUAUUUUUGCUAGCUCAGUGGAACUUAGAGAAGCAUAAAAAAUUUCAUUUUCAUGAGAUGCUAAAUUUAAUAACAUCACAAGUCAGUAAACUGCAUUCAGGUAACUGAGAAAUUAAGUUUUUUAGCCACACUAAACUGAACGCUUGAUGAACACAUAUUCAUAAUGGAUCACUUUGAAAUGUAUGAGAGCUCAAUAUUAUAAAUGAGUCACAGAAGCUUUUUUAAAGGUAGUAUUAGGAAGCUGAGAAAAUAAAAAUAAAAUCUGCCCAUUUGAAAUAUAUAGUUUCAAACUAAAUGAAUACAGAGUUUGUCAGUGUGAUGUUUACAAUAAUGUAUUUAGAUUAUCUGGAUUAUGAAAACAAGCACUUUUCUGUUAAAACAAUUAUAUACUAGUAAAAACUAUCAUAAUGGUAUUAAUGUAAGGAAAUUUUGAAUAUGAAAUUCAGGGAUAAAUUACAAUCCAUGGUCUGUGUCUUCAAUAUUGUAAGCAGCAGACAUUAAGGUAAUUUCAGAUUAACACCAUUUUGUUCCCUGAUUGAUGGAGCUUAAACAGUGUAUGCUGCUUUAAAUUUCUACCUCUAGCAGAUCUUUAUUGGAGGGAGUUUUCCUUUUUAUUAUUAUUUUUUAAAUGUUCAUUAUUCCGUUUCCAGUAGCUUGAAAAGUAGAGAUGACUAAUGUUUUAACCUUUUCUUGGAGGAAAGGAAUAACUUUUCUUGAAUAUUUUCACAGAUUAUUGUGAUUGCUUUAAAGGACUUCUGUGGCAAUUUGGAUUAGAUGGACUUAAUAAUGUGCUUGUAACAUAAUUGUCAUGUUUUAAUAAGAACACUUACUUGUAAAUCUUUAGAGCUUUGUUGUCACUUAGGAUAGGGAGUUACUAUUGGAGGUGGCAUCUUACUAGUGGGGGUGGGGACCUGUGUCUGCAUACAGUGAGGGAAGUUUUAUGAUCCUCACUCCCACCAUGCACAACAGGGUUCCAUGUGACUUGUCGAAUUAGGGAAUUUUAAAAACUAUUUCUCAUUUAUGUGUCCCUCAGUACGUGGCAGAUGUUCGUUUGGUGUGAAUUCUCAUUACCUGUAUGAAUGAACUUGAAAUUAAGGGAAAAUCUUUUUCUCUUAAAUCAUAAAAGAAACAAAGUUUUAAAAAACAUCCAUUGAAUGAAAAGUAUUGCACGCUGUUUUUGAGUGAUUUAGAAGUGCUUUUUAUUCAUUGGCUACUAUUUCUUUUUUACAACUGUAUCAAAACAGAUGAUCUUUGUUUUUCUCACAUAGAAAAAACAAGUUGGCACUGGUGGGCUGGUUUUAUUAAUUAAAAUUAUUUUGCUAUCAGGUGAUUUCUUUAACAAUGUUACUUACACUUCUAAAUUAUAUAAUAUUUUAGUUAGUUCUGAAAUCAUUAAUUUGCUUUUAAUUUCUCACAUGAAUAUUUUUUAAAUGUUCUACAUAAAUUUGCAUCUCUUUCUUACAGCUUUUUCAGUUUAUAUAUUCUAAACUUGAAAAGGUAGAAUCAGUCAAUAUUAGAAGUGUCACUGGAGGAUUUAUUUAAUUUUUCAUUUCUUAUGUUUAAUCCUAGCUACUAAAGUGUGUGAGCCUUAAAAUUUUUUUUCCCUUAAAUUAACUUUACACACAAAAGCUUCAAUUUUCAUAAAGUGGGAGGAGAUAGGUUAUUGUGCUUGCUUUUUUAAAACAUUUUCUUUAUUCUGAAAUGAUGCAUAUUUAGAUAUGUUAAUCAAGUGGACAAGAUGGUAUAUAUAUAUAUGUGUGUGUGUAUAUAUAUAUAUAUACAACAUAAAGAGAAGCUCUACAAAUCACAGGAUAAAAAUUAUGAAGUUUGGGAACUGUAAAGUGUACUGUAUUUAUAUGUAACUAAUUCAAAAAGUUGCCACAAAGGCUGAAUUGGAAGCUUCAUGUCUGCAUGAAAUUUCCUGUAUUUUUAAUGUGUACGAUGGAUUUAAUUCUUCUUGAAUAUUAAAGUCUGCCAAUUGCUAUGAAACUAUAUUUGCUUGGUUGUUUCCAUCUAAGUUAGUUAUAACUUACAGAUGUGGAAAUUUUAAUUGAUGGAGCACAUACACUUUGAAUCCUUUGGCCUAUUUUUUGUACACUCC